AUGGAUCGGUCCGUCCCGAACCCUUUUGGAAACUCCGACCUUACCAAGUACUGGAACCAACGUCGUCGCCUCUUUUCCCGUUUUGAUCACGGUGUUCAACUCGACGAUGAAGGAUGGUUUUCGGUGACGCCGGAACAAAUCGCCGACCACGUGGCGUCGCGUCUCUAUCAAUUGUCCGAGGCGCGACCAAUGGUGGUUUUGGACGCCUUUUGUGGCUGUGGGGGCAACGCCAUUGCCUUUGCUAAACUCCCUAACGUUACCGUGCUCGCAGUGGACGUGGAUCGUGCCAAGUUACGCCGCGCCGCUCAUAACGCAGCUAUUUACGGUAUUCCUCCACAUAAAUUGGCCUUUGUGGAAUGCAACGUCUUG